UAGACUGCAAAUUUUCUUGGUUGCGAAAUUUGUUAAAUGUUGGCCUUUUUCGAUCAUUGGGCCCUUGUUGGCUUGCUCACGUGCCCCGUGCAUUAUCACAGAUCCGAAGCCGCCGGUCGAAGAAAACAAUAUGGCGGAAAAUGGCCCGUCAGCAGCAGCCGCGCUUUCUUCAAUGUCCGAGAUUGGGACGCGUAAGCUGGGACCGCGCGUUUCUCCGAGGCAGAUGGAGAUGUUGCUGGAAUUCCUGAACGAACACCCGUACUUGGCGAGUGGCUCCAAGGAGAAGGCAAAAGAAGUGGAGCCGUGGGAGCGCGAACGGCUCUGGGAAGAAGCGGCAGCUAAGCUGAACGCCAAGGGUCCAGCCGUCAAAACACGUUACGCGUGGCGCAAGUUUUGGUCCGGCCGAUCGGCGCAGAUCAAGAGGACGGUAGCGCGGAUCGCCAAAAUGAGGGAGGAGAGCAAGAUGCCUCCACGGCUCCCUCCGCCACCUCCUGGUGCACAACCACCGCCAGAAGCGGGCCAAAUCUUGCUACUGGUCAAGCAGGAUGGAGGGCCAACCGGUGGGGGUCGUCUCCUGCUGCCUAGGCCUGUGCCUCAGCCUCCUCCCCAGCAGCAGGUCCUCGUGCAUGUCGGUGAGCCAAGCACCAUGUUCAUGGCCGCCGACUGCCCGGCCAUGCAGACUGCGGUGCCUGCAGAAGUCGCCACCACACGAGGGGGCACCUUGCAGCAGCCUGUCAGUAGUGGCAGGGUGCUGGUUGAACAACCGGCUUCAACUGAUGCCAACCAUCAGGGGCCUCCCAUCUUGCAGCGACACGUGUUGGCCAAUGGGCAGCCCCCGCCAGACCCCGACAGCAUCCCCGUGCUGGAGCCCAUAACCGCCGAGGAGCACUUCCAUGCUGAGAUGCUGCAUCAGACUAUUCGGCAAACAGCCCUGCUGCAGGACAUGUUGGGCGCCCAGCAGCGGAUCGCAGAGGCAGCCGAGCGACAGGCCCAAGCUGCAGAGGAUCAGAGCCACGCACUGUCGCAGCUGGUGCUCUUCCUCGUCGAGAAUCAUCGCUCGAACAGAAACAGUGGCUCAAACCUUUCCUCAUCGGUGGUGGACGACCCUUCCUGUCCCGAGGCAACCAUGCCACUCUCCAUCACGCCCGAGAUUUUACAGGUGGAACACUCAACAUGAAACGCGGCCUGUGUCUGGGCAACAGCGAACAGCCUGACUCAUUUGGCCACCAUCACUAUCACGUGAAGAAUGUGCAGCUGUCUCGUCAUGAUGUGCUACUGUGCUGUGCAAUGCCGGUGUGUGCGUUACUGUCCUCUGAUCCCCAAUGCCAAGUGACAGCAUCUUUGGUGGGGAAGACAUCCAUAUGAGUUAUGGUAUCUCUGGAGGGUCAUUUACGAGCACUCUAGCACGCUCCCAAAAGGCCGACAUUAUUGGGACAGUUGAAAAAGGGCUACACUCAGAUGGUCGUUUCUGAUCGCCCAAGUCCAUAUCAGAGCACCAUGAGGUGCUUUCACUAUCGCCAUCAGAGCGGCCAAGAAAUCUGGUCGCUUUCCGGUCAUGUGACCGCACCCUUCACGCAGUUUCGCUUGCAAAUCUCCCUCUGUUCGCGGUGACAGUGAUUAUUAUCGAGGUAUGCUGACCAUGUUACCAGCAGUUCUCCUCAACUUUUAUUUCCUUCCCUCUGACUGCUCUGAAAAGCAGCCAGCUGUUUGGUUGGCACGUCUGUUACUUGGAUUGGAGCGCUUGGAUUUGAAGGAUCGCAGGGACUAUCCAAAAAUGGCAUCAAUUUUAUCGUAGUAUCAAUGUGGUAAUGAAUCAGAAUGAGGGACUUUGCACAAUUGAAGGCCUCAGAAUGAAAUCCUUUCCUGGUCUCAAACCGCACUCGAUCAUGUAAAUACUGAAAUGUGUUAGUGAUUUGACUAGCUGGUUCAUCUGCUAUGUUUAGGCGCUUAAAGGGACACGAAAGAGCAGCGAUAACUUGGUUUAGUUGGGUUUUUUCAACACCUUCUGCAUUUAUUUGAUGGAGAGAGGUUGGUUCUUAGAGCACUAUAUGAAGGCUGAUGUUCCCAUUUUUAGUUCUCAGAAUAACCUAUAGUGCAGGAAUGACGAGGCACGAAGAAGGUGUCGCACAACUUGUUUCAUGCCUUGUCCUUUCUGCACUCCAACAAUGUAAUUAAUACCAACUAGCUCAAAUAUCCAUCCUAUUCCCUUUUCAAAUUUCAGGCCUGAAGCACAGUUCCAAUUUGCUAGUGUGAUGCCACAGACUUCAAAGUAAUUUUGACGGCUUAGACUGUGCCUUUUUAUUGUUGUAGCAAUUAUAGAAACACUUGUGCCAUCACCAUUGGUGGUGCUACCAUGCUGUGCUGGGUGCAACGGUGCGUGCAGGGACCACGCGACACAUCGUAGGUAAUGUGACCCGCAGUUGGUACCAGGGCAAGCCAAAAACGCUAGUAGCUCGAUGCACACUGUCUUGUCGCAUGCCCAGUGUUAGUGGCCACAUGAUCUGCUAAGUUUUUAAGUUGUGGCACAGUUAAAAUGGUGAAGUAAAUGGCAACAUGAAGCAUUUGCUUUGGGACAAAAACUACGCUCCCCGCUGCUGAGCUCAUCAUGUCAGCAUUGUGGAUAUGAUCGCUCAGUCAUUGCAUGAACUCUGCUCAUGUUUAGCAUGUGUGACACCAUGCUUGUUUAGAUAGUAAGUGAAUGUCUACUGCAAUUUGUACUGCCCAUAAUACUACGAGGCUUACUUUGUAAAAUAGUCUAAUGUACUUUGUUGUCGCAGUCAAUGCUAUACCUGUCAGGCGAAACUGCAACAUUUAGUUUUUUAGAAAACAUUUUGGAAGUUUUGAACUUGCCAGAUUCAGUCUUUGGUUUGUUUAGAAUGCAUUGUAAGCCUUGCAUGGUAGAUUUCCGUUCGUGCAAUUUUCCCGUUGAUGCAGUCUCAACCAAAGGACUAUGGGACCAAACUUUUGUUGCUUUGAUCUUACAAUUGGCAUUCCCCAGAUAGUUCGAACGUGGCUGCUCAGCAUGCAUGCACCUAACCCCCACUGGUGACCCUAGUCGCGAUCCAUCUAGCCGCAGCGUCUGUCUUGGCAAAGCUAAGGGGACAGCGAACAUGUCGAACACGUGUGCCGAAAAUGGAUAUUUUUGGCAAAUUGCUAUUUUCUGCAGUGAAAAUGGUACUUUACGAUGAAUGAUUACUGUAGAGCUGUUUUUUUUUACCUACACUUAACGCAAGUCGUGCAAACAAGUGCAGUACAGGGCAGUGACUAGCAAUGACAUGUUCUGCUGCACUUGGCUGACAGGACCGUAGCCAAUUCAAACAGGCUGCACUGCAUUUUCUGCAUUAGCAGACAAAAAGCACCUGGCUUCACACCCAUUGGCAGUGUACUUGCCCUUGCCUGAAACUGAAAGCUGAUGUACGAGUUCCCUUGUAGCAACAAAUCUAGACAAACUGCGGCUAAACUCGAAUCUCAUUAUAACGAAAUGGGAUAUAACGAAAGAAUCAUCGUCAUCAUCAGCCUAUAUUGUGUUUACUGCAGGACAAAGGGCUCUCCCUGCGAUCUCCAAUUAUCCCUGUCCUGCGCCAACCAAUUCGAACUACCUCCUGCAAAUUUUUUAAUUUCAUCGCCCCACCUAAUCUUCUGCUGUUCUCGACUGCGCUUCCCAUCUCUUGGCACCCAUUCUGUAACCCUAAUGGUCCACCGGUUACCUAACCUACGCAUUACAUGACCUGCCUAGUUUCAUUUUUUUUAAAUCUUAAUGUCAAUUAGAGUAGUGGCUAUCCCCAUUUGCUUUCUGAUCCACACUUCUCUCUUCCUGUCUCUUAACGUUAGUCUAACAUUCUUCGUUCCGUCACUCUUUGUGCAGUCCUUAACUUGUUUUCGAGCUUCUUUGUAAGUCUUCCAAGUUCCUGCCCCAUAUGUUAGCACCGGUAGAAUGCGCUCAUUGUACACCUUUCUUUCCAAUGAUAAUGGUAAGCUUCCAGUCUGGAUCUGACAAUGUCUGCUGUAUGUGCUCCAACCCACUUUUGUUCUUCUGUAAAUUUCCUAGAGGCUGGCUGGCAAUCCGGAACUCUUGUUCCCUUGCCCGGCUGUUGAUCAUUAUCUUUGUCUUCUGCGUAUUAAUCUUCGAACCCACCCUUACACUCUCUCUCUUAAGGUCCUCAAUCAUUUGUUGCAACUUGUCCCCAGUGUAGCUGAACAGGACAGUGUCAUCUACGAACCGCAGGCUGCUGAGAUAUUCACCGUUGAACCUCACUCCUAAGCCAUCCCAGUUUAAUAGCUUGAAUACUUCUUCCAAGCAGGCAGCGAAUACCAUUGGAGAGAUUGUGUCUCCUUGUUUCUUAAGGAGCAUACCGUAUUUGCUCGCAUAGCGAUCGCACCCUUGAACUUUGUCAUCAAAAUUCGCUUUUCUUUCUUUCCCGUGUAAUGAUCACACCCCGAACUUGUCGCAGCGAUAUGUUGUGUGACAAGUCUAGCUAAUGAUGAUUGUGCUUACCAUCUGUCAAAUGCCACGUGAAUGACUCUUGAAGACAUACCAAGCGGUCUGCACCCACCAAACAUUUUUAAGCAGAUGCUCCAUUUUGUUCCUUUCAUCACUUUCCGCACUUCCAUGAAAAAAAAAGAAAAAAACUGCAACCAAACUUACCUUGGCUUUAUUAUUUGUAGGCUUCAUAGUGGUUUUGGUCAACAACAAAAGAAAAAGCACCUUUUGAUUCUUCUCGUCUGCACUCGUGGGCACGCAACAAAUCGCGAGCGACAAUAGUGGUCACGUUUACACUGAUAUGUUAGCAGUGCACAAUAUUCAUAAGCUGACGCUUGUAACACAGCUAAGAUAUUCGCCCACUCUUAACGGAAAUGUGCCAUAUUAGGAUAGUAGCAAAGACAGAUGCUGUAGUUUCCACAGCUUGCCCACCAUGUGUUUCUAUGUCACUGGCAGCUAAACACGCCCACCUCUGUUUCCGUCCCCUCAAAGUGGACAUGGCUACGUUAUUGUCGCCAACUUGCUGAUAUUUACGAUAUUAUUCAUUACUAAUACAGAAGAAAUUGUUUCAAUGCCCGUCAGGUACUCACGAGAAGAAAAAAGAAACGCGUUGGGCGCGUUCGGCUUGCUCCGCCGGCCACCAUUUUUGUUUUGGUGUCCCCCACUGUUCAGCGGCAGCGGCCUGUUUGUUGACCAAUUGCCAUCCCGCAGCAAACGCGCGACGAAAAAUUGUCUUUUUUUUCUUUUCUCGGGAAAUUUAACCUGCGUAAUGAUCGUGCCCCUAAAUUUGCGUCAAUUUCUUUUUACAAGAAAGUGCGAUCAUUAUGCGAGUAAAUAUGGUAACUAAGUAAAUGAAGUCCCCUUUGAAAUCCUCAUAGAAAUUAAUGCAUUUAAUACCUCACUUUAGCGAAGUGAAAUUGUCCACCUUAGUGGAUAUAACGAACUAGAUUCAUCUCCGAAACCAAGAAUACUCGACAGUUGCACACCAAGUACAUCACUUUCAGCGGGAUUUGGCACUCGUUCGCCGCGGCAGUUCAUAACGCCCGUGUCUCCAUGUCGAAUAUGUCAUCGAGCAACGCUGGUCUUUACCACCGCCGCGCGCAGCUGUACACCAGCGCACAAGCAGCAGUUCUACAUGGUACUUCUCCACUCACCUUUCAUUGUGGCGCAUGCCUGGCCGCGCACGUACGCAUGGUGGUUUGAAAGAUUAGUGCAUUCACUCCUGCACGGCACACCCCACGAGCAGGCACAGCUGGGCGUGACCUCCGAAAUCACCUGGCCACAAUUUCGAGGGUCACGCGCAAGCCAUGCCAUGCUGUGCUGCUACACGCGGUGGUGCUAAAUGUUAGUGCAUUCCCUUCUCUAUAACUCUUCAACACGCUGCACAGGCAGCUGCAGCUGGGCUGGCUUCGGAGACCAACUUUUGCAAUCUCGGGGGUCGCAAUUCCAGGCCAUGCAUUCACUUCUCCCGCUCUACCUGCGGCAUGGCGCUGGCUGGCAGCUGGGCAUGGCCUCCUUUGAGAUUGCACUGGCAUCGGUGCAAUGUCGGGGGCCAUGAGCUGGCCUUGGGGUGGCAAAAUUCACUUACCGCCUCAAUCACACAAAGGAACGCUCUGUUGUGUGCUACGUGCUGCUCGACCACGACGAGCCAACUGGAAAGCGGGUGCGAAAGACCAUCACAUUAGAACAGAAGACAGCUAUCUAAAGGCUGUUGUGGCGGGUGCUAACAAGUCGUGUGACACGCCGAAGAUUCUUUUGUUGUUUUAUUCAAAUUUCAUUGCGAGCGUGGCUGUGUAGCUAGCGGCUGUGCAGGCCGCAAGGCUGUCUUCUUAUUUUCAUGUUUACAACUUUGCGCUCCAUUCAACAUACAUUGCAGUAAAUGUCAACAAUAGAUAUAACGAAGUACCCAAUAUAACAAAGUAAUUUCGGCUCCCCCUUCAACUUCGUUAUAACAAGAUUCGUACAUCGCAAAAGCGCAGCGUGUGAGAACAACUUCUCUAUUCAUAUAAUACAAUGUGGAGUCUGGAACAGCCUGUCCAUUCAUGCACCAAAGGUGAAUAUGAUAAUUUUAUCUUCUUGGAAGAUAGCUCACCUUCCUCUGCGAUGCACGGUCACGUCAGCACUUCGCUGCCGUCCCCACAGCAAACCCUCACUGUCGUCGCAAUACAGUCAAACCCACUUAUAACAAUAUUAAAGUACCACAAUAAUUCCAUUGCUAUAACCGAUAAUUGGUAUAACCGGGUGGCAUGAACAAAAUCAAAAUGGGGGAUGACUUUGCUAUUCCAAAAAACUAUAAUGGCGGGGAGGCCAGUUCUCCUCCCUACCACCUUCCAUCCGGCUUCUGGUUGUGUUGACUCUAACUGUUUAACUCAGCUUCUUGUGCACUCCAAUUGCGUGUUAACAAGCUGCGGCUGUGGGCGUUUAAGAAUGGCACUGCUACGACAACUGCAAAGAGGGGUCACGGGUGGCAAGUGACAUACAAGCUCUGCCAAGCCAUUGCUUUGGUGGCCCCAAAAGGCACCUUUUAAAAAAUGCGGGAAGGCUGCUGCGGCAGCAUCUCAACUUGAGAAACCCAGGAGAAACAUUGGGACGUGAUCACCACAAGCAUCUCGCCACAUACUUCCCACUGGCUUGCAUGAGAAAACUGCAUGUCCAUCAGCCUUGCUUGCUUUACACAAAGCUUGCCGACAUCCUUCUCCAAGGCAUCCAGGUGCUUCAUGUGGUGAAGCAGAAGUUCCUUCGCGAAAGGAAGCCCAUGACGGACUGAAUCAUCUACAGGACCUCCCGCAGGGACAAUGUUGAGGCAGCUUGCCCUACCACAUCAGCUUGUGGCCGUCACUGUCGCUAUCUGAUGCAAACAUGUUCGCGAUGAUCGCCUCAUCGGUUAGAAGCACUUCGUUUCCCAACCUAUAGUAGUGCGCUAUCUUUUCACCGGCAGUGUUGCGCAUUACCGAUGAUCAGCGGGCAGAGCAGCCAUCUUCCAUUUUCCUGGCGAGUCAAAGAACGAGUUCGACGCAACGAACCAAGGCAAGUACGAGUGACUUAAUCAGUUAGCACAAUUACACAAAAUGAGGACCGUAGAAUAAAGAACCAACAGUGAGGGCCCUGUGAGCAAUCUGGGAGGAGCACUGGCAGCGUUGUCAUUGCACUUGGCACAGUCCAUUCGUGUUUCAAGGGGUGACGUGGUGCAGAGCUACGGGCGCAGCCCAUUCGUGUUCGGAGAGGUGGAAGGGCGACGGGAGUGAUGCGCAUGAGGCUGGCAUGCAUCUCAUGGAGAGGAGCGUGCAAUGGCAGUAGGGGUGGCAGGCCAUCAUGCAGUGGCUCGCAUAUAACUUUUUCUUUUCUCUUUUCAAGGAAUGGAUCUCGCAUUCCAUUACUUCCCACAGGGAUAUCCAGCAGCCAGACUUCAUCAUUAUAACUGAUAAUGCGGCUUAGGGACAUUGUAGUAAGUGGGUUAUUUCCCCAUAGGAAACAUACAAAAGUUGACGGUGCCAUAGCUUUUUGUUGUUAUAACUGAUAUACAGUAUUGUUGAAACCAGUAUUGUUAUAAGUGGGUUCAACUGUAUAUGUAUACCGACAGCACCAACAGUCAUAGACAAAAGAGCACCACAGGUUUGUGGCGCCAACUUGUCUGUCAUCUGCUACCUACAUGCAUCAAAACUGCGGUGUAGAAAGCGUAGUUUUCAUGCUACACAUCUGCUAUAAAAAAAAAAUGGCUUCGUGCACAUGGGCAGAGCUUCAUUUUUUCUACAUCAAUUAAAGAAAUGGUGACUUUCUAACUUGCAACGUUCCGGAACUGUGUUCAUGAGUUGUAGGAAAAAGCUAGCGAAGUGGUUAUAUAGGUGCGGGCCACCAUCCCAUUUGGCACCAUCUGAUGGUUGCGAGUUGUUUUAGAAAUGCAAAAUAUUAGAUGCGCAAUGAAUAAUUCGGAGAGCAGGCUGUAGGUUACAGAUGAUAAAGUGCUCUCUGAAAGUUAUGAUGAUGGAUUGUAGGUGCAGUAGACUCCAGUUAAUUUCAUCCCAGCUGAAGGUCCUGGCCAGCGCUCAUGCAUUUCUGUGGGCCCAAAAUUUCAUUAUUUUGGUCCUAAAAUUGGCCAUUAUAGGAUCAUUCGAACUUGGACAGCCAUUGUGCAUGCACCUGACCCUAUAGCAGCUCCUUUAGUGGCAGCAUCUAUCUCGAUGGAGCUUAGUGGACAGUGAAUGCAUUGAGCAUAUCUCUCGUCAAAAGUGUAUAUUUUUUGCUUGCCCUGGGAAGAUUUUCAAGCGAUAACCAUAGCUCAUAAUGUUCGAUUACUAUAUUUACCUGAUUCUAACAUACUCUUUUCUUUUAGUGAAAAGUGGGCCGAAAUCUGCCUGUGCAGUGCAGUCAGACACGAAACCAAAACCAGCUUCUAAAUGUUUGCACGCUUAAUCGCUAACACAUAUGCACUGCAAUGAAGCUGAUCUUGGGAAACCUAUCGUCAUUGUGCAACAAUUUUUCUUGCUAAAAUGGUGGAUGUGCAUUAGAUUUCUGCUUUGUUUAGGAGCUUUAAUGUCAUUUCUAUAUUGGUUUGCUACUCUGUACACAUAGAAAGUGGGUGCACGUUUGAUUUGGGCGUGUGUUAAAAUCGAGCGAAUACAGUAAAAUCUCGAUUAACGAAUCGCAUGGGACCGCCUAAAGUCAUUCGUUAUUUUGAAAUAUUGUUGUAAUGAAAAACUUGCUGUUAUAAGCCAGUGGACAAACCUAGAAAUGAAAAUUAUGUACCUUGGCAGGAGACACGUGUGCAGACAAGCAUACUCUCAAAUAAAGAUGUUUCAAUAACUUCAAA